UGGGCCUUGUCUACUCACAGAGACCAGCUAUGCUGUGACAUUGCCUACAUUCUAAAAGCAACAUCAUCAAAACUCUGGGGAGACAGAAGCUGAAAGAUAGUUAUGGUGUUAGAUGGGCUAUUGGCUUACUGCGUGGACAUACUUCCCCAAUUGGCUUCCUGUGUAUAGCUGAUGGCAACACAAAGCUCUUCUCAGUCUCCAUGGACAGCACUGUUAUGGGAAGACCGGCUAAAUAAUUCUUGUGUGUCCCAUAAUGAACCAGUCCUCUGCUGCCAGUAUAAGAAGUCAUUCUGGCAGGUGGUUAGUUGCUCGGAAGGAUCGGCUAUAAAAGUGUGGGAUCUUCAAAAUGGACAACUGGUUACUGAAGUCUAUGAAGUUCAUGGACAUGCUGCUGUGACCUGCAUGGCCCUAGACACCAGUGGCAAGAGAUUGAUCACUGGUGGCAGAGAUGGAAGCCUGAAAAAAUGGGAUUGUAGCACCAUUCGAUAUAUCCACACCCUUAAGCAAGGUAGUGGAAUAACCAACAGCCUCUCCACUGGUUCCAACUUUUGUGUGGAAAAAUACAAAGAACAUACUCUCAUUUGCUCUCCUUUUCAGCAGGCAUUUCAAAUGAUGAAGUCACCUCUUGCACAUAUGCUGAUAUUUACAGCAACAGGUACAGAGGGGAUGGGAUGCUGGGAGAAUCAAUUAUUUCACGCUCCUUAUGGAAAUAAGUUGUUUUGUUCUGUUGGGGGUUUUCCAUAGCCAUUUUUCAAGAAGGAUCCUCACUGGCUGCUGAAAUUUGACUCUGCACAUACUCAUUAACCAGUUGUUUCAAAUGUGUAAUUAAAAUCACACACUACAGCAUGCUAAAAGCAGUUUUACUAGCUGCCUGAGCUUCUCAAGCAGCUGGAGCCUGUGGCCUUCAGCCUUGUGCCUCACAAUGCGCCUAAUGCAUGUCAGCAUCCAGAAUAGCACCAUUGCUUGCAUGACGUUUAUGUAAGUAAUGAGCUGAAUUUGACCCAGAAACC